AUGGGUUACUGGCUAGGAGACGAAGUCUUUGUGACAUUGGAAAGCAUUGGAAAGGUUCAGCAGACUCUGGAUUACCUAGAGAACCGCUAUCCCAACCUUGGCAAGCCUGGACCUCAGCCUGGUGGCCCGCUCUACCCAACCGAGGAGGUGGUUGUUCAGCUUCUUUUUGAUCUCCACGUUGCUACGAUGCAGGUAUGCGGCUUGUCUGCGUUCCAGCCAUUCGACGCAUGCGAUGAGCGUGUGGUAUUGUCUCUGACCACGAUGGUCAAGCCCCUAAAGGAGAAGGUGUAUAAGCUACAGGGGGACAUCUGGAACAUUGAUUCCGCUCGCCGACUAUAG